CGAUCUUGAUAAAUGGCAUAUUUUACUUUCGCCAUUAACCGACGAAAACAAUAACUGAAAAACCUUUUCACAAACCAAAAACUAACUCGUUCACUCACUCUCCCACUCAUUCUCUCUCUUUAUCAUUAUCAUUAUUCAUUCUCUCUCUCUCUCUCUGUGCUCUCUUUCUUUCUUUCGAUCCGAUCUGAACUCAACACCUCUUCCCACAACUCUUCACCCAAAGUUACUUCACUUUUUUCCCCCACUUCAUGAACCAUUGCAUUCUCUUCUUCUCUCUUCUAUGAUCAGAGCUGGUGACUGGUGUUGAGUUGCUCAAUGGAGUCACUUGCUAAUGGUGCUAUUUCUUCAUUAAAGACCCAAAAUUCGCCAUCUUCGGUAGGCAGCAAACAUCCUUCCACAUCGAGUGGCCCUCGCAGCUCGCGACCUCCUUCUCCGAAACAAUCUAGAAAUGAAGGUGUUUCUCCCGCAUCCUAUGCAUCUGCUAACAAUCAUGGCUCAAAGUCGGUUUGCAAUGUAAAUGGCUCUGUAAUCAAUAAAAAAAAAGUCUACAAAAUGGCCCAAGAUGAUCAGCGGCUCGUAGAAUUACCUAAUUCGGCGAAGCACUUCUAUGAUUUGAAUAAGGGGAAACUCGAAUAUGUGGGCACAGUUAAUGUUCUUGAUAAAACAGUGGAAACUUCAUCUCAGACAAGGGUUUUGUCAGUGGAAUCUAAAUCAAGUGGUAAGAAUCUGGUUAAUAAUCCUGAGAAUAGCAAUUCCAUUGGAUCGCUUCAAUCUGAAAAUAUUGUCUCAGGCUCAUGUAAAGGAGUUGAUGUGCUUUUGGAAGACAACUUAACAUCCCAAUCAGCAAUAAGCUUCUGUACAAGUCCUACAAAUAGUAUGUACACCGCUACCUUGUAUGCAGAAGCCAAACAAAGUUUCACCAACACAGAAGUCAGUGAAUGUGCAAGUAGCAUUGCAAAGUCUGCUGAAAGUGGUGAAGUGAGUCAAUCAUGUGAUUAUAUUGAGAGCAGGAAGACGAGCAUCUACAGAGGUAGCACUGGCAGUGAUGUUAGUGAUGAGAGCAGCUCAAGUAGUUUAAGCAGUGCUGUUUACAAACCUCAUAAGGCAAAUGAUACAAGAUGGGAAGCAAUUCAAGCAGUCCGAUCGCAUGAGGGGGCAAUGGGUUUGAAUCACUUCAAAUUAUUGAGGAGACUAGGAUGUGGAGAUAUAGGCAGUGUAUAUCUAUCAGAGUUAAUGGGCACUAAAAGCUAUUUUGCCGUGAAGGUUAUGGAUAAAGCCGCUUUGGCGAGCAGGAAGAAGCUCCUUAGAGCUCAGACAGAGAGAGAAAUACUGCAAUCUCUGGAUCAUCCAUUUCUACCCACUUUAUAUACACACUUUGAGACAGAUAAAUUCUCUUUUUUGGUGAUGGAAUUCUGCCCUGGGGGAGAUUUGCAUGCACUCAGGCAAAGGCAGCCAGGGAAGUAUUUUCCAGAGCAUGCAGCCAGGUUUUAUGUGGCGGAAGUUCUUCUUGCUUUGGAGUACUUGCACAUGCUUGGGAUUAUUUACAGAGACCUUAAGCCAGAGAAUGUCUUGGUGAGGGAAGAUGGGCAUAUAAUGCUUUCUGAUUUUGACCUCUCUCUAAGAUGUACAGUCUCCCCGACUCUGGUGAAGUCCUCAAACUCCACCUUGGAGUCAAAGAAUUCAGCAUACUGUGUUCAACCUGCUUGCAUUGAACCAACUUGUGUAAUGCAGCCGGAUUGCAUCCAACCUUCAUGUUUUGCGCCUCGAUUCUUUUCGGGCAAGAACAAGAAAGAAAAAAAAGCCAAACCGAAGAAUGAAAUUCAAAAUCAAGUGAGCCCUCUCCCUGAGCUCAUUGCUGAACCCACUAGUGCCCGAUCAAUGUCUUUUGUAGGUACACAUGAAUACUUGGCACCUGAAAUAAUUAAAGGUGAAGGCCACGGAAGUGCUGUAGAUUGGUGGACAUUUGGGAUCUUUCUCUAUGAGCUUUUAUUUGGUAAAACUCCUUUCAAGGGGGCUGGGAACCGUGCUACUCUUUUUAAUGUGGUUGGCCAGCCAUUGAGAUUUCCCGAGUCACCUAGUGUGAGCUUUGCUGCUCGGGACUUGAUCAGAGGAUUGCUUGUAAAAGAACCACAACAUCGUCUUGCUUAUAGACGUGGGGCUACAGAAGUAAAACGGCAUCCAUUCUUUCAAAGUGUGAAUUGGGCACUCAUUCGAUGUACAAAUCCACCAGAUGUGCCAAAACCAGUCAUGCUGGAUAUUCCUGUGAAAACCGAUGUGCCAAGAGCACAACCAAACGACAAGGUGCCAGGUGUAGAUGUGAAAUCUUCAGGUAAUUAUUUAGAGAUUGAUUUCUUUUGAUUUUUCUGAUUGUUUCCUUUAUGUUAGCCAGAAUUCUUCAUCACCUCAUUCCUGUCGUGCUUCAAUGGCUCCUUUUCCAUUGGAAGGGCGAUGCUAAUUUGUAGUUCCUUUGAUAAAAGCACAUGUAACUGCUCCUUUGAAAAGCAUGAAAAACAGCUCAGCUCUGAGGAAAUGCAAAUGCAUUGAAACGAAUAUGAAAAUGAAAUGAAAUUGUUCUUCUUUCCUGUAAA